AUGAGAGGCGGUUGCUACCUCACCCCAAACGAGGCUAUCCAAGACUUCCGCGACAAGAUUGAUCGUUUGGAGGAGAGCGUGCUCGGCACCACUGGGCACGUUGUCGUUGGCGGUGAUUUCAACGCGAGGGCUGUCGAGUGGGGAAUGCCCUCUACCAACUCCCGGGGGAAAUACAUCUUGGACUUCAUCGCCAGGGCCGGGCUCGUCAUCCUCAACCAGGGCGAUACGCCUACUUUCAGGCGCCCCGGGCAGAGAGGCACGAUUCCUGACGUAACCUUCGCGUCUGAGUCUCUUCUUUCGAGGAUCUCUGGCUGGUGGGAGGUGGAGGAUUACACGGGUAGUGACCACCAGUACAUUGUUUUUGAUCGGCAUGAUUUAAAACGUAGAGUUUCCGCAUCUCGGGAAGGGCCACGCCGGUGGAACACCAAUAAACUGGACGUGGUCAAGUUCACCGAGGUCAUCUCUCGAGGAGCGCAGGCGAAUCCUGGUGAGGCUGGCGUCGAAGUUUUAGUAACAUCCACGAUGGAACUAUUUGUCUCGGCCUGUGACCGGUCUAUGCCGCGAAGGAAACUCCGCCGCGACAAGCAACCCGUCUCCUGGUGGACUGAAGAGAUUGCGGAACUCAGAAGAACAUGCCUUAGAGCAAGACGUGCCGCCACUAGAGCGCGAAUUCCUGCAGAUAGAGUUCGUAAGUCGGAUGUGUACAAAGCUGUGAGAAAGUCUCUCCGCCGAGCUGUCAACAGGAGCAAGGCGAAUAGCUGGAGGAAACUUCGGGACGACGUCGAUUCCGAUCCUUGGGUUUUAGCUGGUGAACCCAUCAAAUUCAAGUAUGAACAGUUAACUAGCUCUAUUGUCCGGGACUCGGGGCGUAGUCCUGUAAUCCAGCUACUUGGAGGCCGGUUGAUUGGAUCCCCUCUGUCCCCGGGGUUGACUCCUGAGGUCCUCACGUUAUAUCUGUGA